CAGACACGCGUCGAGCAGACUCACACGAUGUGACGCCGACGUCUGGAGUGGACGACACCUCUUUCCCUUCCAUGCACUUUGCACCAUUCUGCUAAAUCGAAUUCCCAAUAGUUGUCUCCAGCAGCCAUCAGGCCGCCAUGGCAGUUGUUUCGUCCACAUCCGGGCCACAACGCCUGGACUCCAUUAUUGUGUGAAACUGGCUGUUAAAGCUCAUUAUUUCCCCACCUACGGCGCCGGGACGGCGGCAACGAAGAGCUGAUGUCUAACCAAGGAGUUCGGCGGAACGGUCCGGUGAAACUGCGACUAACAGUGUUGUGUGCCAAGAACCUGGUGAAGAAGGACUUCUUCCGUCUCCCUGAUCCCUUUGCCAAGGUGGUAGUGGACGGUUCUGGGCAGUGCCACUCCACAGACACUGUGAGGAACACGCUGGACCCCAAGUGGAAUCAACACUACGACCUAUACAUUGGAAAGUCCGACUCCAUCACCAUCAGUGUGUGGAACCACAAGAAGAUCCACAAGAAACAAGGUGCUGGCUUCCUGGGGUGUGUCCGCCUUCUAUCCAACGCCAUCAACCGCCUUAAAGACACAGGCUACCAGAGGCUAGACUUGAACAAGCUGAGUCCAAACGACAGCGACACAGUCCGAGGGCAGAUCGUGGUGAGCUUGCAGUCCAGGGAUCGAAUAGGCGCAGGCGGCCCCGUGGUGGACUGCAGUCGACUGUUUGACAAUGAUCUUCCAGACGGCUGGGAGGAGAGGAGAACCGCAUCCGGACGAAUCCAGUACUUGAACCACAUCACACGCACCACACAGUGGGACCGGCCGACCAGGCCUGCGUCGGAGUACUCCAGCCCUGGGCGGCCGCUGAGCUGCAUCGUGGACGAGAACACGCCCGUGAGCACCAACGGGGCCACGCCCAUCAUGGCGCUGCCCCCCAGUGACGGCGAGCAGCGGGUGCAGGAGAGGCGCGUUCGCUCCCAGAGGCACCGCAACUACAUGAGCAGAACUCACCUGCACACGCCUCCAGACCUCCCCGAGGGCUACGAGCAGAGGACCACGCAGCAAGGCCAGGUGUACUUCCUGCACACUCAGACAGGUGUCAGCACAUGGCACGACCCCAGAGUACCCAGAGACCUGAGCAACGUGAACUGUGAAGAACUGGGUCCUCUCCCUCCUGGAUGGGAGAUCCGGAACACGGCCACAGGAAGAGUCUACUUCGUGGACCACAACAACCGAACCACGCAGUUCACCGACCCACGUCUCUCUGCCAACCUGCAUCGAGUCCUGAAUCCAAGCUCCAAUGGCUCUCGAGGAGGCGGUGAAAGUCAGAAUGUGAGUCGCCAGAACCAGCUGAAGGAACAGGUCCAGCAGGCUCCGGUGUCCCCGGGUCAGCUCCCAGACGAGUCGGAGUGUCUCACGGUGCCCAAGUACAAGAGAGACCUUGUCCAGAAGCUGAAGAUCCUCCGACAGGAACUCUCCCAGCAGCAGCCACAGGCCGGCCAUUGUCGCAUCGAAGUGUCCCGCGAGGAGAUCUUUGAGGAAUCCUAUCGGCAGGUGAUGAAGAUGAGGCCCAAGGACCUGUGGAAAAGGCUCAUGGUGAAAUUCCGUGGGGAAGAAGGACUGGACUAUGGAGGCGUGGCUAGAGAGUGGCUCUACCUGCUGUCACAUGAGAUGCUGAACCCGUACUACGGUCUGUUCCAAUACUCCCGAGACGACAUCUACACUCUGCAGAUCAACCCGGACUCUGCUGUCAACCCUGAGCACCUGUCUUACUUUCACUUUGUGGGGCGCAUCAUGGGGAUGGCAGUGUUCCACGGUCACUACAUCGAUGGAGGCUUCACCCUGCCCUUCUACAAGCAGCUGCUGGGGAAACCCAUCACCCUGGACGACAUGGAGUCUGUGGACCCAGACCUGCACAACAGCCUGGUGUGGAUCUUGGACAACGACAUCACGGGCGUGCUCGACCACACCUUCUGUGUGGAACACAACGCCUACGGAGAGAUCAUCCAGCAUGAGCUCAAGCCCAACGGGAAGAGCAUCCCCGUCACGCAGGACACCAAGAAGGAAUAUGUCCGCCUGUACGUCAACUGGCGCUUCCUGCGCGGCAUCGAGGCCCAGUUCUUGGCUCUGCAGAAGGGCUUCAACGAGGUCAUCCCCCAGCACCUGCUGAAGGCUUUUGACGAGAAGGAGCUGGAGCUGAUCGUGUGUGGUCUGGGGAAGAUCGACAUCAGCGACUGGAAGUCCAACACCCGACUGAAGCACUGCACGGCCGACAGCAACAUAGUCAAGUGGUUCUGGAAGGCUGUGGAGUCCUUUGAUGAGGAGCGGCGAGCACGCCUGCUGCAGUUUGUCACUGGAUCCUCUAGGGUUCCUCUGCAAGGCUUCAAGGCCCUCCAAGGUGCUGCAGGCCCUCGACUUUUUACCAUCCACCAGAUUGAUGCCAACGCCAACAACCUCCCCAAAGCCCACACGUGUUUCAACCGGAUCGACAUUCCGCCCUACGAGAGCUACGACAAACUGUACGACAAGCUGCUGACCGCCAUCGAGGAGACGUGCGGCUUCGCUGUGGAGUGACUGGAAAAGUGGGCGCCAAUCCUGGACGAGUGUGAGCUCCAAUGAGCAACAUAUUUCAUCUUUUAGUAUCCAGAAGACUGCAGCUGCUAAAAACUCACCUUUUCUCCUUUCACCAAGCAUUUUUCUAAACACCAAAACAUGUAGCAACACCCACACACACACACACACACACAAUUGGUGUGUUGGCCAGAGUACAGGGUAAGAAGGUAACCACAAGCACUCGCGGCAGGACAAAAAGCACUCGAUGCCAGGACGACACACUGAACCCUCUCCAAAGACGCUAGCAUCGCACCCGCAACCCUCUUUUACACACGGCAUCUUUUCAUGUCCCAGCGGGAAUGGAAAGAAGGAUAUAAUAUAUCUAAUUUAUUAUUACAAGUCCCCUUUCUUAAAGCCAGGAAAGUUUCAUUGGGAUGACCAAAGUUUUGGGCACCGGCUAGGAUGUGGUACCAGGAGCCCUCACCUUUCUGCACCGCCGCUCUACCAUCGGAGCCACGCUUUUUUUGUUUCACGCAAAAGGGGUUUGGAUUUUCAAACACAAAAAAGAUGAACUCAUAAUUUCACACAAAAAGCUUCUUUUUUUUUUGAAUGAAAUCAGUCAAAAGUCAGCAGAGCCUUUAAAAACAUACUUUAUUUGUACUACACACUAAAAUGUUGAAGUCUGGACUCUACAAUUAGGACUUUGAAUGAUUUUCUACAGGGUUUGUUUGUUUUUUACCCUCCUUGACCCACAAUUGUGAUUUGUAUUUAUUUUCAAGGUUGUUGUUUUUCACUCUCCACUCUACAAUUAUGAAUUUGAAUGAUUGUCUGCAGGUUUUUUUUUGUUUGUUUUCACUCUUUACUCCCAAAUUAUAUUUUUUUAAUUAUUUUUUCCUUUUUUUGUUUUGUUUUUUUGACUCUAAACUCCACAAUAAUGAAUUUUAAUGAUUUUCUCUGGGUUUUUUUUCACUCUUUACUCCACGAUUAUGAAAUUUAAUUAUCUUUGUGGGUUUUUUGUUUUUUUUCACUCUUAACUCCACAAUUAUGAAUUUUAAUUAUUAUCACCAGUUUUUUUGUUUAUUUUUAAACUCUUGACUCUACAAUUGUGAUUUUUUUAUGAUUUUCUCUGGGGUUUUAUUUGUGUUGGUUUUUUUGGGGGUUUUUUUUCACUCUCAAAUCCACAAUUAUUCACUCUCCACAAUUAUGAAUUGCAAUGAUUUUCUCCGGGUGUUUUUUUUAUUUAUUUUUUACUCUCAAAUCCAAAAUUAUUAAUUUUAAUUAUUUUCUCCGGGAUUUCUUUUUUUUUGUUAGUUUGUUUUUCACUCUUGACUCCACGAUUAUGAAAUUUAAUUAUCUUUGUGGGUUUUUGUUUUUUUUCACUCUUUACUCCACAAUUAUGAAUUUUAAUUAUUAUCUCCAGUUUUUUUGUUUAUUUUUAAACUCUUGACUCUACAAUUGUGAUUUUUUUAUGAUUUUCUCCGGGGUUUUCUUUGUGUUGUCUUUUUUGGUUUUUUUUUUCACUCUCAAAUCCACAAUUAUUCACUCUCCACAAUUAUGAAUUGCAAUGAUUUUCUCCGGGUGUUUUUUUAUAUAUUUUUUACUCUCAAAUCCAAAAUUAUUAAUUUUAAUUAUUUUCUCCGGGAUUUCUUUUUUUUUUUGUUAGUUUGUUUUUCACUCUUGACUCCACGAUUAUGAAAUUUAAUUAUCUUCGUGGGUUUUUGUUUUUUUUCACUCUUAACUCCACAAUUAUGAAUUUUAAUUAUUAUCUCCAGUUUUUUUGUUUAUUUUUAAACUCUUGACUCUACAAUUGUGAUUUUUUAUGAUUUUCUCCGGGGUUUUCUUUGUGUUGUUUUUUUGGGGGGGUUUUUUCACUCUCAAAUCCACAAUUAUUCACUCUCCACAAUUAUGAAUUGCAAUGAUUUUCUCCGGGUGUUUUUUUAAUUUAUUUUUUACUCUCAAAUCCAAAAACUAUUAAUUUUAAUUAUUUUCUCUGGGAUUUCUUUUUUUUUGUUAGUUUGUUUUUCACUCUUGACUCCACGAUUAUUAAUUUGAAUUACUUUCUCCGGGUUUUGUUUUUUGUUUUUUAAACUCUCGACUCUACAAUUAUGAUUUUUUUUAUGAUUUUCUCCAGGGUUUUCUUUGUGUUAUUUUUUUUUUUUUUUCCACUCUCAACUCCACAAUUAUGAAUUGAAAUGAUUUUCUCCGGGUGUUUUUUUCCCACUCUCCACCCCACAAUUAUAAAUGGAAUGAUUUCCAAAGUUCCUUCCCACCUUGAAAGGGUGAGGUGCUCAAAUGUUAGUUUUCUUCAGCACUCGCACAUGCGAUGACGUGUUUGUGCUUUCCAAGACUUCUUCCUGGCCACAUUCUCAGGGGACAUUUUCUACUUUCCCGAGUCGUGUCAACACUUUGGUCACAGUUGUGAUCUGCUUUGCCACCGUUGAUUGUGGAUCUAUGAAUGUUUUCUACAAAAAAGGAAAGAC